CAUGCGCAGUACGGUAAUAAUUUAAUAGGAAUGUCAACUACCACAAUCGCGUAAGAGGGGCGUAAGGGAUUGGCCUAAAAAGCACGAAUUCACAACUUUUCCCUGGAUUAUCGUGAGUGAUUACACCGAUCAGAAGAUAUUGUAAACUUCAUAAAUUCUAUGUUUUCCGAAUACGUGGUAUUCUGAUAAUAAUUCGGUGUCAAAAUGUGGCGUUAUCUGUCCACUCGCUUAUCGCGACGUAAUCGCAAACACGACAGACCGGGAAAGUCUGGGCGGGGAACUGAGGUUCAUGUGCCCUCUCGUAACAAGAAUGUCCUCGUCUGUCGAGUCAUCUUUUUGGACGGAACAGACAAGACAUUCGAAGUUAAGAAACAUGCCAAAGCUAAGGAACUAUACGACCAAGUCAUCUACUCACUAGAUGUCAUCGAAAAGGAUUACUUUGGCCUGAGGUAUAUGGACACACAACAAGUUCAGCACUGGUUGGACCCGACAAAAACUAUAAAGAAACAAGUCAAAAUUGGCCCUCCUUACACAAUCAGAUUCCAAGUCAAGUUUUACUCUUCAGAACCCAACAACCUCCGCGAGGAAUUCACAAGGUACUUAUUCUUCUCCCAACUGAAGGAGGACAUACGGACGGGCAGACUGGAAGUCCAAUACGAUACGGCAGUAGAAUUAUGUGCACUCGCUUUGCAAUCCGAGUUAGGAGAUUAUGAGGAGGAGGAGCACGGCCCAGAGGUCGUUUCAGAAUUUCGUUUCGUACCCAACCAGACGGAACAGAUGGAGCUGGACAUCACAGAACAAUUCAAACAACUACAUGGAUUGAACCCGGCCCAGGCAGAGCUGAACUACUUGAACAAAGCUAAAUGGCUAGAGAUGUACGGUGUUGAUCUACACGUAGUACAGGGCCGAGACGCACAGGACUACCAUCUCGGUCUAACUCCGACAGGGAUCCUGGUCUAUGAGGGGGAAACCAAGAUAGGCCUCUUCUUCUGGCCCAAAGUGACCCGUCUGGACUUCAAAUCUAAGAAGCUCCAUCUGGUGGUGGUGGAGGACGAUGAGCAGGGCAACGAGCAGCAGCACACAUUUGUAUUCCGGUUAGAAUCAUCCCAGGCCUGCAAGCACCUGUGGAAGUGCGCCGUGGAGCAUCACGCCUUCUUCAGAUUACGAGGUCCGGUCAAGCAGCAGCAAGGGAGGCAAGGGUUCAUCCGCAUGGGGUCAAGGUUCAGAUACAGUGGAAGGACAGAAUUCCAGACGGCAAAAACUAACCGGUCGCGACGCUCCAUGCAGUUUGAGAGGAGGCCGAGCCAGAGGUUCUCAAGAAGACCCUCGUAUGCAAAGAAGAAAGCUGCUGAGAUGGCAAACAGAUUUCGUGCUGGACAGACAAUACCAUCACCUGGAGGCGCUUCAGCUACCUCUCCUCACCAGCGUACCGCAAUCAAGACAUCACCCCGUGUCCCUCCCCACCCUCCCGCAAGGAUGGCUGCCAAUGCCACGGUCCACUCACCCACCGUCACACUGCCGGUCGAGCGCAAGCCACCACCCGUGCCCCCCACCGUCCCGGGGGCGCUGACAGAGACGAACAUCGACACGGGAGCGACAGCGGAGGUCAUUGUUGGAAGGACGGAGAAGCCGGCGGUGAUCGGCGGGACGGGACUCACAUUUUCACUUUCGAAAUCGUUCGAUGAAAAAGAUUAUAACCUGGCGGGAGGAAGCCUCAAUGACGCGGAUCGUGCACAAGCCAAGUUGAAGGGACUUGAGACGGACAUCUGUCACAUUCAGCCGAACACCGCCUCCAGAGCCACGGUAUCAGCUUCCAUGCUACAGCAACAGAACAACCAACAGCAGAAGCCAGUCGUCAGAGCCCAGCUGCCGGUUGAACAUAUGAAAAUGAACCCCAUCAAGGCUAUGAUGGACGAGAAGAACAGAAUGCCUAGCACUCAAACAGAAAAAGUGGCAGACAAUAAAUACAAACUACUACAGACACCGCAGAAUUUGGACGUGGACUUUGAUGAGGAGGGCAACUUCAGACGCCACAAUUCUCUGCCCCCUCCCUCCAGCGACGCUCCGCUCCGCGUGGAGCACAGAGUCAGCAAACAGUUCUCUAGCAUGCGGAAUGUGGGUGCUGAUGAAAAAGAUAAUGAACUUUUGAAGGGCGCCACCAACGGACCCGUGCUCAACACCCCGUACCAGUACUCACCACUCAACGGUGGCAUGGUUGUCAACGGCAACAGCAACGUGGACGUAGAGGGCUCAGAUCCUAAAGUACCUCUCAGGUCCGGCCUCACCCCAACAACCCCCACGAGCGACCUCCCUUCUCCGACCUCGCCCAAAGUCAGUAACCACGAGGCUGCCCUGAUGCAGUGUGGGAAAUCCAAGAUGGCCGCCGGUGCGGGGGUAGGCGAAGGAGCUUCUCCAGCUGCUCCUGCUGUUGCUACGUCUGCAUGUGGCCUGCCCAUAGCGGGCAGUGUUGAAGAACCCUCUGAUUUGAAUGUUUCCGGAGCGUAUGGUGAAGGGGUCGUUGGUAUUGGUGGUGCUUCCUUAGUGUCUACACCAUCAGUAACAUCAGCUUGUGCUAGUAGUCCAGCCAGUAAACUGGAACAACUGGAAAAACAAUCUAAACCUGUGAACGGAUCUAGCAACGUUGUCCGGAAGAUCUCCGGUCUCUCUCGCAAAUCCUCUACGUCGACGAGCAGUAACAACGCAUCCGUGACUGCAUCGCCAGUCACCAACGGGUCGGGGGUCGGUAUGAACGUCAGCACAUCGUCAUGGCAACCUGUGAACAGCCCCACGAACGCAAUGGGGGCCGGCUUCCAUUCCACCUCGCCAGGUGGCACCGUGACGACAUCAACGAAGCGUUGCACGCUCACGACCGAACUAUGAUGGCGCUGUGUUUAUUUAAAGUGGAAGACCUCUCUCCGGUAGUUUCGGUCAAUCCCUUGCGUCCAGAACAUGCCUGUGAGGAAUCCAAAGCGAAAGAUGUGGAUGUAACGCCAUCGGUCAAAAGUCACCAUGGAUAAUCUUUGAAUCAUCAUCACUGGACGCAUUGACAUUGCAGAUGGCAGAGGGGUUUUAUACCACUCCCUAUGAAACUAUAUAGAGUUGAUUCUUUAUUUGCCAGACUACAUAGAGAGCAUGUUCACAUUGCCUCUGCUCGAUGAAUGUAUGAACUUGGUGCAGUUCAAACUCUAAUGGCUUUGCAGUCACUGGUUAUGAAUACCAUGGCAGUCUGGCAUGAGGUAAUCUUAUAUUCAUGACAAUUCAAUAAAGAUUACAUGUAACCAAAAUUGCAAAAGAUCAAUUUGUUAAAUAAACAAGCCGACUAUAAAGGAUCAACUUUGAUGGAACCAGAAGAUAUUUCUCUUCUUAAUCAUAAAAGAACAAUCGCAUUCUCUACUUAACAGAAAGCUAUUUAUUAUAUUGUGUUUUCAAGAUAAGGUAGAUUCAAGAUCAAUAAGAGUACUCAACAUUUUUACAUCUCAACAAUGUUGUCUUUUAUCGUUGUUUUAAAACUAUUUUCUCUUUUUAUACUUUUAAUUGAAAUUUUACCAGCACUGUACACAAAUAAAUGCCAAACUUGUCUUGUAUAAAUGAAUCAAUAUACUUUUAUACAUGAUUCUCCAAAAUGAAAAUUGUUUCUUUGUUGAAAGACAUAACUUAUACAUUUACACAGUUUGUGAACUUUUGACACAGUUUGUCAUUUUUAUGAACUGACUGAAGCUUUCACAAGCCAAACUUUUUUUCUCUCUCUCUUUUGGUGUGCCACUUGUGUCUUGAAUUACAACAACAACAAAAUGAAAUAUAUCAUGUGGCAAGUAUGGUGUAACUAAAGGAAAAAAUAUAAUUGAUUCAGCAAAGAUAUUUUUGUAAUGACCCUCUUUCAAUAUUUUGAUGGUGUCGCCCAGUUUUCUGUAAUAUCUGUACAGGUUCAACUAUAUCCUACUCUUGGUUUUGAGAAAUCUUUUCUCAGACAAUUUUGUGCGAGUAGAAUGCAGAAUUUGUCUGUUUUCGCCUGUAUUUGAUGAAAGCCUUGUCUUUGAAACAGACAUGUUGGUCAGUUGUAGAACUUUGUGCAUUAUAAACAAAUGAUAAAUGAAUCAGAAGCCAAAGUUUCAUAUUUUCAAUCUUCAUUUCAGAAUUAUCCAUCUGUGAAGAAGUUUUGUUUUUUAUUUUGAUUCAGAAACUUUUAUAACCCAACUCUAUCACAAUUGAGUUGACAAUGUGUGGACCUAACAUUGGGCCUGUUAUCUGCGUUCCGUACUGCCUCCUCCAUUUUAAUCACAGCAUAACGGUGAUGAUUGUUUUAAUUCAAUGCAUUUGUAAAAGCAAAUUAAUGUCUUGAAUAUAUAGAAACAACAAUUUUAUUAUCAUUCAUGCCUUUCAUGGUAUCUUUGAAAGAGAAUUUGCCUUUUACUGCAAAAUGAAAUAUGCUUUCUUCAUUUAUCUAUCUCGAAAAAAAUCAUUUGAUACUUAAUCAUAAAUGCUUUCCUGCGAUUCCAAUGUAUUCAAAUAUCCUAUUGAUAUGAACAAAUGUUAUUGUCAUAAUCAUUGUCAUGUAUAUGUUAUUUACACCUGUACAUUUGUGUAUACUAUCAACAUUUAACAAAGAGUAUUUAAAAGGAAUUUUUUCAUUCACAUGUAUUUUUUGCAAAUCGGGAUGUACAUUUCUAUAAUGAAUUUUGAUAUUAAUAAUGAAAGCGUUGUUAUUCAACCCCCUUGUAAAAUUACCCCUUCCCCUUCUUGUUCGAUCUUUGUAUUCCCCUUAUAAUUCUCUUAUGAAAAUAUAUUGUGCAUGUAUUCCAGAAAGUACUAUUGGGUAUUUAAACAUGGAGCUGCCUAGACUUUCUUCUAUCCGAAAUCUGUGCUCAAAGUAUAUGUAUUCCAUGUGUAUUCCCACAUAUUCCGUGCUCUUUUCCCCCUUUUUUGUGAUGACUUUCUUCUUUGCAUGGAUUUGGGAACAAGUAAACCUGUAUUCAUAAUAAUUUAAUUAUGUGGAUUCCUACUUAAGCAUCUACUUAACCUAGUUUUGUUUCCAAAGCAAGUGGGUGAAAGCUUUUGAAACAUAUGUACGAAUAAGAUGAUUGAUUAAUACAUAAUUCUUUUUUCCACAUAAUCUACUAAAAUUCAUGGAAGAAAAUCAUGAAGAUUUGAAAUAAAAAGUUCAUAAACAUCAAAUUUUGCAAACCUGACUUAAUUUGGAUCAAAUGAGCAUCUUGUCAACAAUUGUAGAUAAAUGAACAACAAUUAUUAAUUCCAUUCUGUAGAGUAUUGUUUACUUACUAUACAGAUGAAAUUGAUUAUCAAAUAUUUGAGGUGUAUUAGUUUUUACCCUGAUUUGCAGAUAGAGCAGCAUUAUUUGGGAGGAAGAGUUUGUUUUCUGAAGCAGAGAAACUUCCAAAUGCAGUGCUACUUAUUUAUACAAAGUUGUUUGUGUUUUGGUAGACUAGGAUUUGUGGAACGAUCAUGACAAAUGUGAAAACUCAUCGAUAGCAAAAUGAUCUGUGUAAAAUAAUGUAGUUCUCUGUAUUUCUGUUUGAAAACCAUCUGCCGGUAUAAACCAUAUGCCAUAUCCUUAGGGUAGGAGUAAGGUUUAAAAGAGAUACUUGAGUUAAAGAGUCAGUAAUCUGGUUUGUAGUGAAAGCAUAACUAGCUCGCAUUAAAUUUUAAGGUUAGCUAUCGGGUGAGAAGGUUUCUAAAUUAGAUUUGUGGCGAAAAAAAUAACCUGUGGGAAUUAGAUUCUACUCUUGUUUUGAAAAAAACAUUGCAAAAGCUUUAAUAGAUGCAUAGUUGAAUAAUUGUGAGAACAAUAUUAGAUAACCACGUUUUAACUGUCCCUUUUAAACAGUAUUUUGAUGUUAUUGGCCAAAGCCUAUGUAUUAGCCAUUCAUUGGUA